UCUGUGGCAAAGAAACCCCUGUAAAACCCCACCUUUCAUUGACAGCCAUAGCUACAAGAUAAAGCUUUGCAGUACAUACUCUCAUCUAUUUUCUAGGGUUUUUCGGUAUAUUCUUUUGUUAAGCAUCUUCUCUCUCUCUCUCUCUCUCUCUCAUCCCCGAAAUGACAGCUUUAACUCUUCAUAAUUUCAAUCGUUUCGGUUCUAUUAUCGUCACUCCUUAUUCUUCUUGGACUCUGAGCCUUGCUUUGAAGAAUGGAGUUAGCUUCAAGAAAGGGAAGUUCUUGGUGUUUUUAUCAACUCACUCUAAUCCCAAAAUUCUGAAGUCUAAUAAGAAGUCAAGAUUUGGUCAAAGGAUUACACCUUAUGACACUGAUGAGGAGGAAGAUGAUGAUGAAGAAUUUGGUGGCAAUGAUGAUGACAUGGCUGGAGAUGAUUGGUUGAUGAAUGAUGAUUUUGCUCAACCUCAUGAAUACUUCAUUAAUGGGAAGAAAAUUAAAUCACACAAGGGAAGUGGUAAAGAAGGAAACCGAGGACCGGAAGAACAACAUAAGGGAUCAAAAGUGUUAAAAUCAAGAAAAGGUCUUAUCACUUCGGAACAUGGUAAUGAUGAUCUAAGGAGGAAUAAUGUAGAAGAUUUUUAUCAUACUUAGAACAAAAUGAAGGAAGUUGGUUCCUUAGGUGUAGAUGAAGGAAGAAAGAUGGUGUCAAAGAAAUCUAAAGAAAAUAGAUAUCAACGGCUGUCUGAUGAAAUUGACUUGGAUGAGAAAUGGUUUCCACUUCUUGAUUAUCUAAGUACUUUUGGGCUUAAAGAUUCACACUUUGUCCAAAUGUACGAGAGACACAUGCUUUCUUUUCAAAUCAAUGUGUGUUCAGCUCGGGAAAGAUUGGACUACUUGUUGAGCGUUGGUGUGAAACAAAGAGACGUUAGGAGAAUACUUUUGAGACAACCACAAAUUCUAGAAUACACAGUGGAGAACAACUUGAAGUCCCAUGUGGCUUUUCUAAUGGGUCUAGGGAUUCCAAAUUCUAGGAUAGGGCAGAUAAUUGCUCGUGCACCUUCUCUGUUUUCAUACAGCGUUGAAAAUUCGUUAAAACCAACAGUGAGAUACUUGAUCGAGGAGGUUGGUAUUAAUGAACAUGAUUUAGGUAAAGUUGUGCAGUUAAGCCCUCAGAUUCUAGUUCAACGGAUUGACAUAUCAUGGAAUACGCGCUAUAUGUUUCUCUCCAAGGAGUUAGGAGCACCCAGAGAUAGUGUUGUAAAGAUGGUAAAGAAACAUCCCCAGCUUCUCCACUACAGCAUUGAUGACGGAUUACUACCCAGGAUAAACUUCCUAAGGAGCAUCGGAAUGCGUAAUUCCGAUAUCUUGAAAGUCUUGACUAGUCUUACACAGGUCUUAUCUUUGUCACUGGAGGAGAAUCUAAAGCCUAAGUACCUGUACUUGGUCAAUGAACUGAAUAAUGAGGUGCAUUCUUUGACAAAAUACCCUAUGUACUUGAGCUUGUCGCUGUAUCAGAGAAUUCGACCCCGCCACCGAUUCUUAAUUUCCCUAAAGAAAGCACCAAAGGGGCCAUUUCCACUUGGUUCAUUGGUCCCAACUGAUGAAUGCUUUUGCCAGCAGUGGGCUGGAACUAGUUUAGAUAAAUAUUUGGCAUUCCGUCAAAAGCUACUACUUAAGGAGUUUGCAAAGAAAUACGAGAAGUAGUGAUAAGCUUCAAAAGCUUCCUUCCUAAUACUAGAAUC